GGCGGGGUUUGGGUUCUAGCGGAGAUGGCUGCGGCCGCGGCGAGUAGAGUGCUCCAGGCCAAGCUGGGCCUUCGUGAGAUUCGCAUCCACUUAUGCCAGCGCUCACCCGGCAGCCAGGGCGUCAGGGACUUCAUCGAGAAACGCUAUGUGGAGCUCAAGAAGGCGAACCCCGACCUGCCCAUCCUAAUCCGCGAGUGCUCAGAUGUGCAACCCAAGCUCUGGGCCCGCUACGCAUUUGGCCAAGAGAAGAAUGUCUCUUUGAACAACUUCAGUGCUGAUCAGGUAACCAGAGCCCUGGAGAAUGUGCUAAGUAGCAAAGCCUGAAGUCUGCAUUGAGGAUUAAGAGCAAGAACCCCACAGCCUGGGCUCUGCUGGACUGAGUACAAUGUGAAAAAUUGUGUUCUCCUGUUCUUGAUAAAGCUUGUGCUGUAAGAUGCUA